AUGGGGAAGAGCAAGAAGAGCAAGGCCCGCGGCGGCGUGGACGACCUGCUCGACAGCAGCGAUGCCGACAGCGUCGGCUCCUCGUCCACCGCGCUGUCGGAUCUCUCCAUCUCGUACGCCACCGAGCACGUCAACUCGCAGGAGUUCGUCCUCGACAAGUACAUCGACGCGCUCUACGAGAAGAGGGGGUCUACAAGAGAGGCAGCAUUGGUUAAACUGGUUGAUGCCUUCGAAAGUUUUAUGCUCCAUGGCCUUGUGGAGAAUAGGUAUGCCACACUGCUGAGUCAAUUCAAUAAUUCCGUCAAAAAGGGAUCUACUAAGGAGGUUUUUCUGGCAUCUCAUGCUAUUGGGUUAUUGGCUAUUACACUCGGUGCUGGGAGCAGUUCACAUGAAAUAAUGGAGGAGUCACAUCCCCAACUUUGUAGGGUACUUCAAGCUUGGUCUGAUGCAUCAAAGAUGAUAUCUGCACUUGAUUGUUUGGCUGUCAUCACAUUUGUUGGCGCAACUGAUCUGGCUGAAACAGAGUUAUCUUUGAAAGCCAUGUGGGAUGUCAUUCAUCCAAAGUCUGGUUCAAAUGUGGGAACUGUUCGGAAACCUAAGCCUCCUGUGUUAGCAUCUGCUCUAUCUGCAUGGACGUUUCUCCUGACUACUAUUGGUGCAUGGAGGAUAAAUACUGAUAGCUGGAAAGAGCCCAUUGCAUUUCUCUCUACUCUUUUGGAAGCAGAUGAUCGUGCUGUUCGAAUGGCUGCUGGUGAAGCAUUGGCUUUGUGCUUUGAGUUAAAUCUGCUUGAUGUUUCUUCUUGUGAGGAUGGCGAUGUUAACACGGGAGGAACUGGUGGUUCUAAGAACAAGCUUUUCUUGGAUAUGCAAGCAUUAAAAGCCAAAAUCUCAGGUCUGGCCUCUAAUCUCUCUGCUGAGGCUGGAGGGAAAGGUGCAGACAAGAAAAACCUUACUGACCAAAGAGACUUGUUUCAAAGGAUCUUAGAUUUCAUUAAGUAUGGUGACUGCCCUGAAGAAUCAAUCAAGAUUGCUGGAAAACGUUAUGUUUUAAGGGUGUCGUCAUGGUCUGAAUUAAUCCAGUUGAAUUUCUUAAAGCGGUUUCUGGGGAAAGGCUUUCUGAAGCAUGUUCAGGAGAAUGGUCUUCUUCAGGAUAUCUUUGACAUUAAGGUUGACAAAGCUGAAACCCUGUCGUCCACUGAUAAGAAAAUCUUUAGGUCUGAAGAGGAAAAAGAAAGAGCUCUGAAAUUAAACAAGGAACGUCGUCUAGCCCAGGUAAGGAAGAAUGCUGUCAUGUUGGACGAGUAA